CGGCAAAGUCUGGGCAAGAGAGGUAGCGUUGGGUAUAUCGGUGAUGGAGUGAUGGGAGGAGCUGGAUAUGGGUCAUGGCAGCGUAGACUUUCUCGAGGGGCUUGUGGCCGGGUCGUCGAGAGAGGGCAUCAGCAACGCGGUUACUUUUGUUGGGGGUAUGGCAAAUGGUGAAUGUGAAUUGGGCAAGGAAGUCGAGCCAUUGAGCUUGGCGUGGGGUGAUGUCUUUCUUGGUGAGGAUGGAAGAAACGAUGGUGUUGUCAGUGUGGAUGGUGAAGUAUUGCCCGUCGAGGUACGGGCGCCAGACUGUGAGGGCGUGAAUCACAGCGAGGAGUUCCUUCUCGUUGGAGGGGUAAUUCAUCUCCGCGGGACGGAGCUUCUUGCUUGUGAAGGCGAUGGGGUAUUCGCUGGGUGGAACCUCGGGGUGAGUGGGCGAGUCCUUGAUGGAGGAGGUCUCGACGGUGUCGCGGGGGAAAUGUUGGGACAGUACGGCUUCAAUGGCGAAGUCGGAGGCAUCAGUGGUGACAUAGAAAUGGCGAGUGGGGUCGGCGAUCUUGAGGACAGGGGUCGUGGUGAUGGUUUGCUUGAGGAAGUCGAAAGCGUGUUGGCGGCGAUCGUUCCAAUUGAAGGGCUCGUCCUUGCGUGUGAGUUCGUGGACAAGGUAAGAGAUCUCGGAGAAGUUGCGAAUGAAUGGGCAGUAAUAGUUGGCAAGGCCGAGGAAGGAACGGAGUUGAAGGAGGGUCUUGGGCGGGGGGUACUCGACGAGGGCUGUGACCUUCGAGGGGUCCAUACGGAUGCCUUCAGCGGAGACAAUGUGGCCAAGGUAUUCGACGCUCGAAGCGGCAAACGUACAUUUGCUGAGCUUGACGUAGAAUUUUUGCUCUCGGAGGAUCGAGAGGACUUGGCGAAUGUGCUGAAGGUGGGACUCGAAGGUGGGGGUAAAGAUGAGGAUGUCAUCAAGGCCGGCUUUGCGGACACAGGCUUCGGUGAUGAAGUUGCCGGUGGCACCAAUAUCAAGGACGACCCGGAACUUCACCGUCGAUACGCCAAGAGAGACAGCGAUAAAGCUGGAACUUGUGCGGUUCCGGCACAAGCAGAAGUGAUCAUGGCGUUGAGGCGGCGUUGUUCCAAGCCUAAUCUAACAAGCCGAUCGUGUCGUGCUUGUUCCUCGACGAGAUCUGAGAAGGCGGUAGAGAAGGGGUUAGAGAUGAGAGACAUUGAGAUUAGAAGAGCAGGUGCAAGUGGGAAGCUCGAUCGACGGGAUAGCAGACGCCGUCGGGAGGGGGGCAGGCGGAGUAGAUUGUGUCGCCUGGGGGUCGCCCGAUGGGAUUUUCUGGAGACGGCGGGUUGGAGAGGAAGAAGGUGGUCGGGAGGCACGAUCCUGGCGUUCCAUCCGCAUAAGGUGGGCGGCCUAAAGGUCCUCAAUGGUGAAUUGGGAGGGGUCGAGAGAGGCAAUGUCGAAGUCGUCAUCGGAGGUGGGUGGAGUGGUGUCGUCAGGGGUGAUGUUAUGGAAGAAGCGGGGGCGGGAGGGAGCGGGCGCGGACUGGUGAUGGGGGUGGAGGAGUCGAUCGUGGUGAAGCAUGCGAAAGAGGAGGUCAGCAAGGGGCAUGUCGGGUUCGUGGGCGAGGGCGGUUGCAAGAUCUUUGUGGCAUACUCGGUUGAUGCGGGAGAUGAACGCAAAGUUGGGAAUGACGGUGGUGGGGAGGUGAUGGCGGAGGGAGCGGAUGUAUUGGACGAAGCGGUCCGUGGGAUCGGUCUGAUGGAGGUGACAAAAUUGUUUGAGGUAGUCAUCGAUGGUUUUCUAGGGGCGGAAGGCGGCAGUGAGAAGGUUGGCCCAUUGGAGGAAGGAGUAACGCCGUCCUUCGGAGGCGCGGCGGUUGCUGACUUCGACCAUCCACCAUUUGGCGGCAUUGUCGAGGAGGCGGGAGGUGGCAAUGGGAAGCCAGUGGACAAGGGGCAUGUGGUGGAGUUUGAAAGAGUUCUUGAGCCGGGUAAGGAAGAGGAAAACGUCCUCGUGGGGAAGGCCGGAGAAGGGCAUGAUGUCGACGGAUCGGAAGGAACGAGGGAUUUCCCCUUCGCGGGAAACAAUCCGGGCGAGGGUGUUGAAGUUGAGGUUAUCGGGGGUAGUGUCGUCGCAGGUGUAAUUAAAUUGGUUGUUGUCGUCAAGGAGGUAGUUGGGGGGAAGUUGUGGCAUUGCGGGGUUAACCCCGGAGGUUACUUGGGAAUAGGUGGGACGGGGGGUGGGGAUGGUGGAGACGUAGUAGGAGUGGAGGAGGUCGGCGGGGGUGUGUGGCUGGAGGCAGCUGUGGACGUGGGGGUGGUGGUGGUGAGCACCUGGAUGGAGGGGGUAGUGGUUUGGGACUCGAGGGCGGUCAACUGGCUUGAGAUGCCAGCGAUGGAAGUGGAGAGUGUCCGGAGGGAGUCCUGUACGGACCGAAGGAUGGAGAGGAGGGAUGGGGCGGGGGUAUUCUCCCCGAUGGCUUGUUGGCCAACGAGUUCACGGUGGAUAUCCGCCACGGAGUCGUCGCGGAGAGAGCUCAUGUUGAGGCUUGAAGCACCUUCGACCAUUGGAGAGGAUGAAGGCGAGGUGGCGGAGGAAGAUGGAGCAGUGGAGGUGGUAGCAGCGGAUGUAAUAGCAGAAGCGGUGGCGGCAGCGGCGUCGACGGCGACGCAUUGGGAGGUCUUGGUUUGGCGUGGUGGCAUGUGGAGAAGGGGGGGACAAUUCCUAUUUACAAGAGUAGAGAGUCGUGAAGUCUUCAUCCACCACGAAACAACGUUUAAAGCAUUCGACAAGAAGAUCGCUACCCUGCAGGCCGAGGUCAGCACACUACAUGCCGCCAACAGCCAGCAGCAGACAAUCAACGGCCAGCUGCAGAACGAUGUCAGCACAGGGUUGGCACGGCUGUCGGCAGCUGCGUCGACGGGCAGCGCAGUGGCAGACUGCAGCCCAGCCUUGGCCGCACAGGCCAAGCAACUCGAAGCGCAGAUCAACCACGUGGUCGCAGCCCUCGGCAACAUCAGCAAGUUUGCUGGAGCAUCGACAGUCAGCAAUCAGCUGCAGACGCUCAGCAACCUCAUUCAGCAACGACCGGCCGUCAUCGCCAAGGAAUGGAAGAUGUCAAACUUCAAGAUCGAGAAGUUCGACGACUACCACAAGACUGAUCCGCUGCAAUGGUGGAUGGCAUUCAACGCAGAGGCGGACAUACACCACACCCCACCACUGCGGCGGCUUGACGCACUCUACCUCCAACUCAUUGGAGGGGCGCAGGCCUUCAUGAUGCACCUGGCGGUCACAUUGGAAUGCACCAUCGCCACCCUCCACUCCAAGAUUACAACGCUCAAGACCCCGAAGGGGAAAACAAAAGGUGAAACCAGCGUCAGCGGAUGGAGCACGACAGGCACCAUGGACAAAGUUCAGCAUUAUCGAAGACAUGUUCAAGUUGCGACAGAAAUGGGGAUGCUGUUUUUGGUGCAACAACACCAAACACAUCACCAGCGCAUGCCUCGACAAGGACAAGGAAAAUGUCAAGCGUCCAAGCUCGGGAAACUGAGCACCGCGGGAAGUGCAGCGACAUCACUUCCCAAUCCGUCGGAGCCGGCUGCCUCGCUAGCAGUCUCUCUCACAUCCGGGGAUGACGCGGUAGUCGCAAGUUCUCAUAUCGAUUUUGAAAACUAUGCUGUCGAGUUGGUCCCACCGUUGAAAAAGCCUCUUCGCGUGCAAGAUUCAAGCGCAUGCGCGGUAGUUCCGCUGUCGGACAACGAACCGGUUGCUUCACCAGCCCUUCUAUCGGAGGAUCCGUCACUUUGGGCGAGUCUUGAGGAACUCGACCCGUUGACGGUUGAGGACUUCCAAUGGUUGCCUCUUCCCUCCACCGUUUUUUUGCCAACUCCGCAUUGCAACGCCUUAAUGACACAUUUGCGCGAAUACUUGCACGCUGCAGUACCACCUCCGUCGACGGACAGUGGAGUAGCAGUAGUUGACCUUCGUAACUAUCUUGCGAAGAUCGACCGCGAGCAUGCAAUACAACGGUACGUCGACAUCGACGCGCCGCUCCUCUACAUCCGCAUUCAGAUCAGAAAGGCGACCUGCAGUGCCUUGAUCGAUUGUGGAGCGUCUCGCAACUACAUCAGCCAAGACUUCAUGGCACGCGCCGGGCUUGGCCCGCGCUUUGAUAUGAUCUUAGGCAUGUCGUGGCUGCAAAGCGAAGACCAUCCAGUGAACUUCUAUCGACGCACCGUUCACGUUCGUGAUCGGCGUGGCGAAUUAGUCCCGUGUACGGUGUCGCUUCCUCAUCCUUCGAUUGGUUGUCAUGUGGUCUCCGCGGUGAGCAUUCGCCAAUGCAUUCGGCGGAGCGACAUCGAGGAGAUGGGCAUAUGUUUUCUCCACGCCCUCCCACCCGGUGAUCAGCCCAAGACGGAUACGUCGGACCCACGCAUCAUUGAGUUGUUCGACAGCUAUGAGGAUGUCUUCCAAGCUCCCGCUGGAGUAGUACCGGACCAGCCCACACGCCAUGGGAUCACUCUCGAGGACGGCGUUGUACCUCCGUGCGGAUGUAUCUACCGCAUGAGAGAAGAGGAGCUUCAAGUGCUUCGAGCACAACUAGAUGACCUCUUGGCCAAGGGCUGGAUUCGCCCUAGCUGUUCGCCAUACGGUGCUCCCGUUCUCUUCGUCUGGAAGAAGAACAAGGACCUUCGUUUGUGCAUCGACUAUCGGAAACUUAACGGGCAAACAAUCAAGAACGUCGGCCCUCUCCCUUGGAUCGAUGACCUUCUCGAGCGACUAGGUGGCGCCAAGUACUUCUCGAAGCUUGACCCCAAGUCCGGAUAUCACCAGAUCGAGAUCCAGCCAAGAGAUUGGUACAAAACCGCAUACAAGACGCGGCACGGGCACCCCGAGUGGUUCGUCAUGCCUUUCGGUCUCACUAAUGCCCUGGCUACUUUCCAAGCGGCAAUGACGACGGAAUUCCGCGACCUGCUCGACCACACCGUAGUCAUUUACCUUGAUGAUAUCUUGUCCCCCUUGGUGCCCUUCGAGUUCAAUGACGAAGCCCGGCACGUGUUCCAUACGCUGAAGACGACCGUGCUCCAAGCUCCCGUCUUGAGUAUCUAUGACCCGACCUUGCCUACCAAAGUGACUACAGACGCUUCCGGCUACGACAUUGGCGCGGUUUUGGAACAGCAUGACGACACAGACUGGUAUCCGUUUGAGUACUUCAGCCAAAAGGUGCCGCCCAUCAAUACACUUGAUGAUGCGAGGAAGAAGGAACUGCUAGCUUUCGUCACCGUACUUAAGCGUUGGCGUCACUUCCUCCUCGGGCGCCGACGAUUCACGUGGGCAACGGACAACAAUCCGUUGACUUAUUACAAGACGCAAGACACGGUGAGCAGCACGAUCGGUCGGUGGAUGUACUUCAUUGACCAGUUUGACUUCACCUCCAAACAUAUAUCAGGCUCCUUGAACAAGGCAGCGGAUGCUCUCUCGCGAAAACCUGAUCUUUGCGCCUUGGUGCAUUCCACAUUCGGCCUCGACGAGGACCUGCAACAACAUUUCGUAAACGGCUACAAGUCGGAUCCGGGAUUUUCCGCACUCUAUGCGGACUUAUCAUUGGAUCACCCGUCGACAAGCAAUCGCAUUGUCGACGGCUACUUGCUCCUCCAUACACGAGGCAAGGACUUGUUGUGUGUUCCCCAAGACCGCGUCUUGCGCACUCGCCUCCUUGGUGAAUACCACGAUUCGCGGCUGGCGGGACACCUGGGCGUCGCACGCACGCUUGCACGACUCCGCCAACGAUUUCACUGGCCGGACAUCAUCAGCGACGUCAAUCGGUACAUUCAGUCAUGUGCAGUUUACCACCGGAACAAAGGGCUUCAUCAGCUCCUGUAUGACGAACGGAAACCAUUGUCGAUUCCUCAGGAACCAGGUCUCUCCAUUGCUACGGAUGUGACCGGCCCUUUCCCUCGCGAUCGCCUUGGCCAUGACGGUAUUCUCACGGUCGUUGACCGUUUGAGCAAGUACGCUCGAUUUCUUCCAUGCAAGUAUCAUGCGACGGCUCCCGAGCUCGCACGACUUUUGCAUACCGGCUGGUUUUGCAGCCACGGCGUUUCGGAAGACAUCGUCAGCAACCGCGACACUCGUUUCAUGUCAGCCUUUUGGACGGCAGUCAUGGUGGAAUCCGGCACCAGCAUGAAACCGAGUUCCACACGGCAUCCUCAAACGGAUGGGCAAACAGAACGUGCGCACCAGACUGCGCAGAUGAUGCUCCGCACACUCAUCCACCCGGAUGAGAAGGAUUGGGUUGACCACCUUCCCGACAUCGAGUUCGCCUACAACACUUUGGUGCACCCGGCGAUUGGCGUGACUCCAUUCGAGUUGCAUCAUAGUGGACGGAAAGGACGUAUCUUCGCAGACAUUUUGCUUCCACGGGCUGUCGAUAUUGACGCCACUUGCUCCCCCGCUUCUACACCGAACGAAAGGUGCAAGCUUGGAAGCGUGAAAUACAGGAUCUUGGUGAGAUACCGGGGUGCUCUGCCAGACCUUUUCAGAGAGGGGCACAGUAUUGUGGCGGAGGGAUUUCUGAAACCUAUUCCAGCCGGGGGCAUGAUUGUCCCUGGAGGCGACGUGGCCGUCGGUGUACGGGGUGGCUACAGAGAAGAUGAGAUUGCUUCAACUGAUCUUGGGGAGAGAGCAAAGAAGGAUUGCGGGUGCUACUUUGCCGCAUCAGAAGUCCUGGCCAAACAUGACGAGAAAUAUAUGCCAAAGGAGGUUGCAGCGGCAUUAGCGAAGAACAGAGAAGCGAAGGAGGCAGCAGCAGCAGCCAAGCCUGGAGUUUCAGAUUCAGAAGAUCCACAGCGUCAUCUCCCAGAUGCCUUGGGCAUGCCCGUAACGAGUUCAGUUUCAGCGUCGUCUCCCAGAUCAUCGUCAGAAAAGGACUCUAAGGGCACCAAAUCUGACAGUCUACGCCCGCCUCCUUCAUCAGGCCGUGUCGCCCAGGCUCCGGCUCAACCACAUGGGUAUGAACUAAGGUUACCGUCAUCAGUGCAACUAGAGUCGUCGAGAGACAAUUGAGGUUACAAUGGUUUCGGUAGCUUCUGCCUUUGCUUUUUUUUUUUUUCGGUAGCUUCUGCCUGCUCACUGCAAUGUUACCACAAGUUUGUGAAAAGGUGAAAAGGUGAAAAGGUGAAAAGUUGAAAAGGUGAAAUACCUUUCUCGGCCUUUUGGCUAAGAUCAAGUGUAGUAUCUGUUCUGAUCAGUUUAAUAUCUGAUCCGUAGAUGUGUAUAAGAGACAGGACAAAGGGACGCUGGGCCCGGUCCCAAGGUGAAAUACCUUUCUCGGCCUUUUGGCUAAGAUCAAGUGUAGUAUCUGUUCUGAUCAGUUUAAUAUCUGAUCCGUGACCCAUCGGGUCACAUUUAAAAAAAAAAAAAAAAAAAAAAAGAAAAGGUGAAAAGGUGAAAAGGUGAAAACCUCAUUCUUUGUUAUAUGACUGGUUCUGUUCCUGUACCAGGAAGUUUUUGAAUUGCGAAUGAGUUUUCCUUCAGUUUUGAUUCUUUGAAGUAGUCCUGUGCAGUUUAAUGUUAGUGACGUAGUCUGCAUUUUUUAUUCCGUCAGAACUUGGGUCAGCCUCAUUGCCUGUCACAGUGUGAGAAGUUCCUUUUCUUUUUUUUUUUUGCGAUAAAUGAAUGAGGAGUUC